UUAUUUCAGUCCUGGUGUCCUGGGAACUUAAGCAGUUUUAAAUUUUCGAUCAAAAUGAAACGGUAUAGAAUAGUGUGAUUUAUUUUCAACCUACUAAACGAUAGGUUUAUGAAUGAUAUACAGUUUCUUCGAAGUUAUGCUUUCAUUAAUCUGUAUUUGAAAAAUUGUUUUUGACCCGGAGAAAUUCAAAAUAACGAUAAGAGGAUGCAAUUGAUGGGUACUUUCAAAUAUAUUAUCCUGUGGCUUGCUUCUAUUUGGAAAGCGGCUCAUUCUCUUUUCUAUCUGAAAUGGACGAUUAGAAAUUUCACGGAUAACGCAACUGAAUGCCACCAUUGCUUGACAGGAAAAACAGCGAUUGUCACAGGUGGAAACUCAGGAAUCGGCUACGCUACUUCAGUAUUAUUAGCCUCUAGAGGAUGUCGUGUAAUCAUAGCUUGUAGAAGAGAUGCAACACAGCAAAAAGAGGCCAUCAUGAAAUUAACUGGCAACAACCAAAUCACCACAAAACGUUUGGAUUUAUCAAGGCUCGAAUCAGUUCGUCAGUUUGCUCAAGACAUUGCGAAGACUGAGGAGAAAAUAGAUAUUUUGGUCAACAACGCAGGUAUUGGUGCUACUUCUCAAAGAGUCACAGAGGAUGGAUUGAAUACGAUGAUGCAGGUUAACUAUUUUGGGCAUAUACUCCUCACGUAUCUGCUUGUCGACAAGUUGAAAGUUUCAUCCUCCCCAAGAGUCAUAUUCUUGUCGUCGUUGAUGGCGAACGUCCACGACCUGACAGUUGACAAUUUGAACGAAACUAACUUCAAGAUGGACGCCACGAAGACGGCUUCGCAUUAUUCCAAUGCGAAGCUUUGCAGUAUAUUGGCAGCCCAAGAAAUGAGCAAAGAAUUUCAAAACUACGGAAUAAUUGUUAAUUCAGCCGAUCCAGGCAUAGUGAAGACAUCGAUUUUCGAUUCAAGUUAUAGCGUAGAUUUGGAAAAUCAUUGGUCGACUAAGAUAGUCCUCGAGUGUCUUUUGCUAUUGUUCAAGACGGAUGCAUACUUUUCCGCUAAGACAAUUCUACAUCUGGCUGCCAGCAAAGAUCUUGAGGCAGGAUCCCAUUAUUUUCGAUGCAGAGUUUUCGAGACGCCUUCAAUUUUGAAAGAUCGUCGUUUCUGUUCAGAAAUUUGGCAGAAAACGAAACAGUUGUUGCUGAUAGAUUCGUGAAUGUCGUGAAAACUGUAUUAUUUACAUGUAUGUACGUUUAAAUUUCCUCGCCAUAAAAGAUCUGAAGACUAACAGCUACAUACCUAAC